UCACGCUCGAGUGUGCUUGGCAUUUUCCAAACGACACAGCCACUAUCGCCCAUGUUUCCGUUUAAUCUAGACCAUCGGUCACCGUGUCAUCGUUAAAUUGCUUCAUUAAAUUUUCAUCAGCAACCAAGCUUCCAAUAUAGUGGCCAGAUAAUAUUCGAGAUAUGUAUGUAUGCGCAAAUUUCGACACUCGUGCUGUUUCGCUCCGUCUUCCCCCUUUUCUCUUUUCUUCGACAUGAUUCGAGUCGGAGAUACGAUCGCACAGAUAGUCGUUGGAAACUCGAACGAGGAUGAUCGAAGGUAGAGAAUCAACAACACCGGAAGGUGUUCGAUCAGCCAAUAAGUUUUUGAUCGAACGCGACGAGGCUGAAUUGUCUCGAAAGACGUCGGAUAAAUAAGGAUCCGAGUAAACAAAACGUAAUUGCCUAUUUCUGUAGCGUUGACGCUUCUGCGUAGCGCGUUGGUUAUUUGCAUUUGACGGAAAAGCGCUUAGGGAUAUUUGCAGUCUGACGGGCACGUCGCUCCAACGAACGUUUAUCGUCGUUAUUAAAAGCAAUUGGAGAAUUUACUUGUUUGGAAAUUCGUUGACGCUGCUCGACAGUUUGCAUGUGAAAAGAAAUUUCUUUAGGCGUACGCGAUCAUCCGCGAAAGAUGACAAUGAUCUAUGGGCCGAUCGAAGCGACAGAAAUUUAAUUUACGUAUCGAGGAUUGUCGAGCUGUCGUCGUUCUUGGAACUACGAUAACGUAUAGGGUAAUUUGAACGGAAGAAUAUUUUGCUACAGAACCGUGUAAUCCUGUCUAAAAUUCUAAUCUACGUUCCGGACUAUUCUGAAAAUAAUGGCAGCUGGUUUGCAAAUACCAAUAUCUAAUUGUCAGACUUCGAUACAGUUUGCAGGGAACGUAGUUUCGUAAGACUAUCGAGACGUCGAGACUAAUCUCGUUUGGAACGAGAUUGUGUGCGUACUGUGCGGAAAACCGUGUUUCACGGAAUUUUCAUAAACAGUGCGAGAACUUUGCGAAACUUCGACGUUCUCCUUCGGGCGACAGCGGAAUACUGCAACGCGGUUGUUAUACACGUAUCGAAUUUCUAGCAACGAUCAUGAUGCAGACGCAAUAAACUUCGACAUAGAAUGGAACAACGGACGAAUCAACGCGCGAGAAUGCAGAGACGAGAUGUUCGGAGAAAAGUGACGCGGAGAUUAGUAUUCAUGAUGAAACUUCUUCGCUAUGAGUGGAACGUAAGCGGAUAGUGGCACAAGAACGACAAAUACUACGUCGAUAUGUGGACGGUUGAACGUCGUCUUCGCGAGAGGUAAAAGUUCGUUCGAGGCGCUGUUGAAUUUUUACACGUCGGUUCACUGAAACAGCAAAGAACAUUUCAUCGUGUUAGCUACGUGGAACGAUCUGCUGACGGAAUUGGACGAUAGGAUACCACUGAUCGAUAGAACAUCUGGAGGAAACUAUGGUGUAUCAAAUUCAGGAUGUACUUUACGUCCACGAGGAUUUUCAUUUAAAUUUUUACAAUUCAUUCACGAAGGCAGGCAAACAUAUAAUAUCCGGAAUACCGAAAUAUCACUGAAAACCGAUUAAUUGGAAGAAAGUAAUAAAACGUGAAAUGUACCUAUAUGGAAAUUUCAUGCGAUUGAGUUUCAAAUGUCAAGAGUAGGGCGUAAAGGAAGAGUAUAUGUACGAUCGGUCAAAGCUUUGAGCGAGCGUAACCGAUUGCAAAGAUUUUUUUUCCUAACGACUAACUAUUUUCGUAUAAAAUAAAAAGCAUAAUUUAAAAUAUAGUUAAAAAGCCGGUCUGAUAUAAUCUAGUAGAAAUGAAACGCAUACCAUUUAUGUUUAAUUCAUCGUCAUUUGAAUAACAGAUGCAGCGCAGGCCGCACGUGGUGUCCUAUAAUCGUUUAGCAUUUUAAUAGAUACGCCGAUUUCAGCAUGGAGACAAUUGGAAAGCGUGGAUGGGACGUGAAAAAGAUGGAUGCUGUGUUCGUUGUCGACGCUGACGUAUCGACGCGCCGUCAAUUUCAAUAGGUACCGAUUCAACGUGAGCAUUUUCGAUCAGGAACAAGAGGGGCUGAAAUUUCAGGGCAGAAUAAAUCCAGGUUCGACCUACGUUUACUCCAGAGAAUAUGGAAGCCUGGGCGGAAUUCUCCUGGGGGUACUGGCGAAAAAACUGAACUUCACGGUGAACGUGAUCGACCCGAAUACGAACGGCAGACACAGCCAUCAGUUGGAGAACGACACGUUCAGCGAAACUGUAUUUCUACCACAUUUUCCGCCGUUUCGGGUGACGUGGCGUACCGCAGAGUGGUUGCCUCGUUCUUCGUCUAAAAAUAUGUAGACAACAUGAGCAACAUAGUUCACCAAUAGGACAGACUUUGACCGGGUUUGCGCGAUCGCUCUCAAAGCAACCAACGUACCAAAGGAUCUGAAAAUGUUCUACAUCUUCUACAACUCGUCUGUGUGGCUGUGCAGGAUGCUGUCGUACAUAAUAGAGUAUUUGACGUGGCACUACGUUUUGAUUCUUCUGGCUGUGGAAUUUAUGUCAUUUCUUGCUACGAGUGGAAUUACUUUCCUCGAGAGAUUCAUUUUUUAAUUGCUAUUGGUGAACAGCAUUGAUAAAUUAUCUCAACAAAGCUUCGUAUUCUCAGAAUCCUCGUAUUCUCCGAAAGAAGGAGCGCAAAAGAUACGGCAAAAACUUGCGGGUAUUCUGGAACUACGUUAUGUGAUUUAUCAAUGUUUUGCCAAGUUUAUCAUCUAGAAGAUAGAUAAAAAAAGCUCUAGAAGAGGACGAAUUCCGUUAGGACGACGGAAACUCCGCGAUAUCACGAGAAAUAUACCCUUAUCUGGAAAAGGUUGACGAUCAAUGGCGCGCUGUAUCUUUUAUAUUGCAACUGAUCAUCCAAUUUCAUUACCUUCGACUGCUACUGGAAGAUACCUUUCACCAGACAUACUUUUCCGUGAUAUAACGCUAACGAGGAUGUUCAAUGGUGUCCUAUACAAGUGUUUGAUAACAGAUAUAUGUUCUAUAGCGAAAUUAACGAUUUAUUAACAGAACUGGAUUGAGACUCGUCUGGAUUGCCAAUAGAAUUUCUUUUAUACGAUACAGUGGACUUAUUUGGUUCCAGUGACGAUGGUCGCUUGAAUCCAAUAUUGCAAGGAUUACAAAAGAACAUGGUACAUAUUUCCAACGUUAUUAGCAUGUCGCCAUUCACUUCAAUAUCUUCCUUUGGUAAACGAAUCUAUCGGAGAUAAAACUGGAACUUGUAUGCUGCACCGCGUCUUACAACAUCCAGAUAUACUCUUUUUAUAUGUUCACCGUGACUCGUAUUCUUAAAAUUAAAGUUUCCCGAAUUAUCGUCUACGUUUUCUAAAUUUCAGCCAAGUUCCAUCUAGCUCGCCUUCCAUCAAGCGAUUUGUUUCAUCGCGCAAUGAUCAAUAUCAUGAUCGGUGGAUUCAAUCACCCAGACCUUGCAACGUUAUGGAGGACACAUCCUGUAUUAGAUAGCAUCUUGAGGAUGAAGAUGAACUUUUAAAAUAUCGACGAGACAAACUAUCGCGGCGUUUCGGUUGAACACGACUUGAAGAUCAGUUUCUUCGUACUUGCGACAGGGUUAUCCAUCGUCGUCUUUUUUUAACGAGAAUGGAUGGUUCGAAUUACGGUGGAAAAAAAUCAAGAAAAAAUUCUAUUAUUAAAUAAUUUUCACGCUACUCGUCUGAAUAACCACAUGACGUGGCUCGUUUAUACUUUAAAUUGAAUAUAUUGUUUAGUUUGAUUUACUUGUAAUUAAAAGGAACAAGAGGAUAAUGAGAGAAUUUUGUAACAAUUUGCGUGGCAUUAAUUAAAAUGGCAAUUCAAAUAAAAAUAGCCAAACGGAUGUUUUCAUUGAAAAUUUUCCACCGGAGCAAUUCGUUUCUUUCGCCAUGAAAACCAUCGAAUGGACCCAUAUGAUCGAUCUAGAAAUUGCAAAACGAUACUAUAUGAGAUAUCGUAGAUAUUGUACAACCUCGAAAGUACGACCAAUUUGGCAGAUCUCACGCAACCCCGUUGAACGAUCAAUUUAAACAAUUUUUUGUGCCGCACCAGAGCCGUUGCUCGCUAUACUACGUUUUUCAUGCGAUAAUUAAAUGUCACUUCUGUUUUAUAAAUGGCACGCGUUAUAAUAGCACGCGUAUUCCAAAAAAUUGGCGAAAUAACGAGUUUUAUCGUAGAAAAUAGCAAAACGAAAUUGAGCUGCCAAAGAUGAUAUAGAAAUUAUACAUCGCGUUAUAUAGAUCGAUUAUAUAGAUCUUUAAGCGGGUUCGUACGUUUAGAAAUUUAUUUGAACCUUUAAAUGUCGCAACGAAUAUCAUUCAGCUAAAAUUGUACCAAAGCCGCUACCAAAUUUUUACCAUUCAAGUUACCACUGUUAUAUCUGGAACUUAAUUUAAUAUCGGUAUAAUAUCAAUUACUACGGGGGAAGGUUGUCUUACAUCGUUUAUACAAGAUACUAAACUUGAAGAAUCAACGAAUUACACGAGCAAAUUAUCACACUUCUCGCCGUUGCGUCGCAUCGCGUCGGUGGUAUUCGAAUGACCGAUUCUGGCGGAAUCAUCGAAAAAAUUCCGAGUCAACAGGCUAAUAUUUCAUGCGCGAUGUUAUGGAGACACGAGAGCAGUAGAUCACAGUCUUUCAAGAUUUCCAGCCAUCUCUAUCCCUCUGUAUACGUGAAUUAGUCAGCGAGGCCCGAAGGAAAUGGUGGUUUAUUUUAGGCAUAUCUGAAAAUACGCGCACACGUCCCAUCGUAGAGACUCAGUUGCUUGUCGUUGCCUCGCAAUAGGAUCAUGGCUCUAAAACGGAGUCUACUUUCAAUUACAGUGAUAACGAUCUCCAUCGGUGUAUCGCCCAUCUUCACGUGGAGCCCCGAUAUUCAUCGCUACGAGAGCUACGAUCUCGAAAAAGGUCCGGUCUUCUACGAAGCCUACUAUCCAGACACCAACGAGGAACCUCGCAGCAACUAUCAACAAAAACGUUACUUCGAUCAAGGAGCCGUUUUGGAGAAAACCUAUCAAGUACCUUCCGAACGUCUCGCGUAUCCGGCAAACAAUAUUCAAGUGGAUAAUUAUGAAAACAGAGCCAACACCAUCCUCCAAAAUGACGAUCGUUUCUUUCUUGAAAGAAACACGCAACCUCUGGACGUAAAAGAAAUCUCGAAGCUGGCUAGAAGAGCGAUUUCCCGGGAUUUGGAAAACUGGAACACCCUUGAGGAUUAUUUGGAUCGCGCCAAAUACCAAGAUCUCGCGUUUCGUCGUCGAAUCGUCGUGCCUGACGGCCUCGUGCCGAACUUGCCAGAUUCUUUGAAGGAACAACGUGAUUUGAGAAGAGAUCUGUACGAAGAAAUUCGAGAAGAACCUUUAGCCUUGCCCAGUCGCAUCGAAUCAACCGAAGAUCAAAGAGAUUCGAUCAGAAGAUUGGCCGCUCGUGAUCUUGCUGACAGAGAUUCUUUGGGAUCGCUCAAAUCGAUUCGAUACGAGGAUCAACCGACACGAGAGCAGAAAGUGAUACAGGCAGUGAGAACGAGUCAGAUAAAUGUGCCAUUAACGAGAGAUACGAAUCCAUCGGAUUCGAGAUCGAUUACAAGUGCUUAUCCAACGGAGAACAUCUUUGCACCGCGACCUCAGGUGAUCAAUUACAUUUUUUCCAGGAAACCGGAAAUAACUACGGAGAAUAAGGUUCGAAGCUUGCCUGAAACGAAGGAAACUAGUGAACUUAUGCCGAGAAAUUACGGAGAUAAUUUGAUUCAGGAUGAAAUGAAAAAAACAACAGAGAACAAAGAUGUAAAAGUGACGUCCAUCGAAGUUAGCGAAGUACCUAGACAUAAAACUCGUCACCAUCACGGGGAAUGGCCAAGGCGCGACUAUUCUCGCCGUCAUCAGUCCUAAAAUUUAUCAUUUUCAUGUAUAUUUUACUCUAAGGGAAGAUAGAAUUGAUUGAUCGUUGAUUUCGAGAUAAAUUUUAAAGGGAGUUUAAAAGGAACAAUAUUUUGUUUUUAGUAUCGCACACGGUUGAAAUAUUUAUUCGAUAUAUUAUGAUACAAUGAUACAGUUUUCUUUAACAAUGCAUAGACAUUUCGCUACGCCUUGUUCAUUCAAACGUCACUUUAUCGUCAUAUUUAUGUAACCAUACACACGUACUAAUAAGUAAGCGAUAACACUCCGUAUAUAGGAAAAUAUGUAAUUUCUUCCGCGCUCGUGGAAGCAACAACAUGCUGAUAUUCGAUAAAUAAAUGUUUCAUAUUCAUAUCUUGUACCAUGUACAAAUGUGAUGUGUAAGAAACAGAUAAACGACAGUAAUUGUAAGAAUUUCGAAAAUUUCGUUAAUUUUUAUCUAACAUAAAAAUAUAUUUAUUUCGAAUAUAAUUUUUCAGAAAUAUUUGCAAAUAAAUAGAACGUGUGAAAUAUGUCUACUCGAUGAUGAAUGCUCUUAAAGGGAUGUUUGUGUAAUGCCUUUCCCUUCUGAUAAAUCGGCAAUACGAUACAUUCAAGUGUAAUUGAAUUUAUGAAUGAAUCUCGAUUUGUGCAGUAAGUAUACGAUGUUUGACGAGGACAAAAUCACAAGUACUUUAUAAAUAAUCUACACUAUUGGAACACAACUUCGUCUGGUGAAUAGUCUCAGUUAGCUACAUCUAAAACAUUAUAGUUAAUUCUUCAGUUUUCUUUUUAGAUAUCUAGCCUGUAGUAAAGUUCCGUCUUCGCAUAAAUUGACUGUCCUUUGUAUACAUUCGGCAAGAUAUCAUUAAUCUAAAAUAAUUUGACACUUGCACACAUUCUAUGUGCAUUAAAGCACUAGAGUAUUGCACUGAAUCGAUGUAAUCCUAUAAGUUAUUAUGUAAAUACUGUACAAUGUUUUUCCUAUUCGAGUCGAAGCAAAAGUAUAUACAGAACUGUAAAA